CUGAAUCUUAGCUCUGUGCAUAACAUGUUUGGUCAGAAUUAGCUCGAUGUCAUACACAAAAGGUAUUAUUGUUUUACAGGUUUAUCUAUGAGUCUUUAUGUUAUUCAAGACUGUAAUCACUGGGCUUCUGACUGUUUUAUUCAUGUUUCAUAUCUACAUUAAAUGUAAGGGGACUACUACUUUCAACGUUUUGAAGAAGAAGAAAAUCGUACUUCCGAGUAAAGAAAAAUCUGUCUCUGAGGAAGAAGUUCAGAAUAAAAGGAUUAUCAGCGACCAAUCAGCCCUUCCUCUACAAGUUCCUGAUGAAGAAGACAAUGUCCAUCGGACUCAUCAUAUCCGUGAGAGUAAGAUCAUCAGCCCAAAGGAUAUAUUUGAGGGCUACAAUACUUCUAAGAUGACAGAACGGAAAAUGGACCCAAGAGACAUCAGAAAAAUGUCAAGUCAAGAUAGAAUUAGUAAUUAUAAUAACGAAGAGGAGAAGAAUAACGAUAGAACAAAAUUUGAUAUGAGUGGGGUUAAUUAUCGUCUAGAUUUAUAACUAAGAGCAUAUCUAUUUUCAA